ACCUUGCCCUCUCACCUCCAGUUGGUUCCGCGAUGGUGUUGCAGAACAGCGACUAUUGUCGCGCAUCGCGCGCCCAUCCAUGGAUGGAUGCUCUGCAGUCUGCACGCAAAACACGGUGAGAGCGGCCUGCGAGGGAGGCUCCUGUUGAGUUGCGCGCGCCCUGCGCCACGAUCGGCUCCAGACGGGCGCUCCCGCAGCCUUCCCCAUUCCCGCCCGGAACCUUAUUAUUUACCCUUCUCCUGGUGCUAAAACGCCCACCCGUUGUUGACCUGUAGUGAAGCGGCCCAGCGUCGUGACACACACCGGGCCGCAACCGACGUUGAAACGACCUCUCAAAACAGGGACGGAGAAAUCAUACGCGUAGUAUACUAUACGCUCCUCCGCUUCAUCACGUCUCCGUCCUCUUUUCUGUUUCCCCCGCCAUCCGCCAAAAUCAAAUCAAGCCGCUGUUCAGCAAUCAGCAUGGUCGUCCCUCCCGAGUGCGCCUUCGACGGCAACACCGACUUAUACGGCCUCGGCGUGCGGCUCGGCGUCUACGGGCAAUGGAUCGCCACGCUCAUCACCACCGUCCUCGACCCCGACAACGAGGCCGCCUUUCGCCUCCUCAACCUCAUCGUCCAGGCCUCCAUCUUUCUCGGCCUCUGCACCGAGUCCUCCCGCCCCGUCACAGCCUCCCCCGUCGCCGCCGGGUCCGUCAUCACCCAGUUCCUGCUGUGCGGCUCCCUGUCGAGCGUCACCGGCGACGGCAUCAGCCACUUCGGCCACGCGUCCGGCAUCCUGCGCACCCUCUUCUACACGGCCUUUUCGGCGUACGGCGUCUGGUUCUGGUUCGUCGGCGUCGACGCCAUGGAGAGCUGCGCCGGCCGGUCCGUCGCCUUCUUCGGGCCCUCGUCCGUGACCGGGUGGUUCCGCUCGCUCGGCAAGGCCCUCUCCGUCAUGGGGCUCGUCGGGUGCCUCGGCCUCGCGGCCUUUAGCAUACACGCCGCUAGACGCCGGUUCCGUAGCGGCUUCCGGCAGGGCUUCGCGCGCCAGGGCAAGUGGUAUCCGCAGGUGGAGUUGUCGCUCGUGGCAGCUUCCAUGGGACUCAUCGCGCUGUCCAUCACCGUCGUUGAGUACCUGAUUACGCAAAACAGGGUCGGCGCCGUCGGUGCCGACAGGAUCGACAGCGUUGCCCAGCUCAUCCCGUUUCUGGCCGGCGCCGUCGCUUGCUUCCUGUCGCUCUGGAAGGUGAUGACAAAAGGGCUGCUUUUCAAGAGACGAUGCUGGUUGCUGUUUGGGUGGCAUUUGUGACGAGGCUAUACUGUACAUAUAGCGCAGAAAACAACAAAACGCUUCUUUCGCCGUGCCAUGAAACUCUGAAAAAGGCAUAUUCCCCAACUUUCAUGCGCUCUCGAACAAUCCGACGCAUAUGUGCCUCGACCCCAUGAUUUUGUUUUGCAUCAACUAAAAAGGUC